AUGGAGAUCGAACGUGAUGUGGCGGUGGAGACGGCGAGGGCGCUGAAGGAGGAGUUGGCGGCGGCAAAGGAACGCGCGGCGGCGCUCGCGGCGACGGUGGCUCGGUUGCGAGAGCGGCUUCAGUCGACGCGCGGGGACGAGGAGAGGAUGGGAAUGGGGAGAAUUGCGACGGGUGCUUCUUGGUCGAAGAGUGAUGAUUUCGACGUGCCGACGCCGAGAGGGACGUUGACGUUGUCGCCAGUCGCGUCCGAGGCGCCACGACGAGAAUACUCGGUGGACUUACUGGAACUCAUCGAGAGCGUCGAACGAGAAAGCUUUUAG